UGGCCCUAUAUAAGGGCCGGGCGCAGCCUCCACCGGCAGUCUCAGCGGACGUCUCCUUCGGACGUGAUAUCCACCUGACGCGAUCGCACGCACGGAGUCAUGAGGAGAGAGACGCUGUUGGUCCUGCUUACCGUCGCCCUCGCGGCAACGGUGGCGGCCGAAGACUCCCAGGCGGCCAAGGAAGACGAGAGGACCAAGCAGGCGGAGGAGGAGAUCAGCAAGACGCAGAAGAAGCGCGGCCUGCUCGGGCUCGGCUACGGCGGCGGCUACGGCUUCGGGCUGGGCAUCGGCUACCUGGGCGGCGGCCACGGCCUCUACGGGGGCGGUGAGCUGCUGGGAGGCGGCUACGGAGGCGGCCUCGGCGGCGGAUACGGGGGCGGCUUCGGCGGCGGCUUCGGAGGCGGCUACGGAGGCGGCAUCGGCGGCGGCUUCGGGGGCGGCUACGGCGGCGAAGUGAAGACGGUGACGGUGACGCAGAAGGUGGGCGUGCCGGUGCCGCAGCCGUACCCCGUGCACGUGCCCGUGGACCGGCCCGUGCCCUACCCCGUGGCCAAGCCGUACCCCGUCGAGGUGAAGAUCCCCGUCGACAGGCCGUACCCCGUGCCCGUGGAGAAGCCCGUCCCCUACCCCGUGGAGAAGCCCGUCGCCUACCCGGUCAAGGUUCCCGUCGACAGGCCCUACCCCGUGCACGUGCCCGUCGACAAGCCCGUGCCCUACCCCGUCGAGGUCAAGGUGCCCGUGCCCCAGCCCUACCCCGUCCACGUGCCCAAGCCCUACCCCGUCGUCGUCGAGAAGAAGGUGCCCGUCCCCGAGCCCUACCCGGUGGAAGUGAAGGUCCCCAUCCCGCAGCCCUACCCCGUCCACGUCAAGGUGCCCGUCGAAGUGCCCGUCGACCGCCCCUACCCCGUCCACGUCAAGGUGCCCGUCGACAGGCCCUACCCGGUCCACGUCCCGCAGCCCUACCCGGUGGAGAAACCUUACCCCGUCCCCUACCCGGUCGAGAAGCCCUAUCCGGUCCCGGUCAAGGUCCCGGUCGACCGUCCCUACCCGGUGGCCGUCCCCAAACCCUACCCCGUGCCCGUAGAGAAACCCGUCCCCUACCCCGUGGAGAAGCCCGUGCCCUACCCGGUGGAGAGGCCCGUCGCCUACCCGGUCAAGGUUCCCGUCGACAGGCCCUACCCCGUGCCCGUGCCGAAGCCCGUGCCCUUCCCGGUGGAGAAGCCCUACCCGGUCCCGGUGGAGAGGCCCGUCCCUGUGCCCGUCAAGGUGCCCGUGGAGAGGCCCUACCCGGUCCCGGUGAAGGUCCCGGUGGCCGUACCGGUCAAGUCGCACUACGACGGAGGCUACGGAGGCGGAUACGGCGGAGGUGAGAGCAUCGUCUUCGGCGGCGGAUACGGAGGCGGAUACGGAGGCGGCUACGGAGGCGGUCUGGGAGGCUACGGCGGUGGCUACGACGGCGGCUACCACCACAAGUAAGUCCCGAGGCACCGUCAGGGAACCUCUCUGCAUCGCCAGUAUCGCCGACCACAUACCUCACCACCAUUACGAAGACACCACCUCGAGCAUCGUCGCCAGUCGUCCGGACCGCGCCCCCACGUCCCUGAUAACACCACGUCAGGGCCGUGCAGACGCCUUGCUGAUCAUCAUUCCUCGCCAUUGUUCCUGCUCCUUGAGUCGCCUCACACAUCUAACUGUCACGCACCCCAUGUCUCUAAACUCUCAUCUGCAUGUACCUGUACCAGUGGCUAUGACCUCACUCCUGGUGGAAUAUUCCUCCAUCUGUCACUCUCUCUGCCCAGAUCUGCUACCCUACCCGCAGAGCUACUCGGAAGACAUUUAAAAAAAAAAUAAUCUAGUCCGCUAACGAGAUCUUCCGAUGAAGAUGCUCAGCAGUUGGCACCGAUAACCACUUACAUACAACUAAGCUCUUACUUCUAUCUUCCAAACGGUACAGAUCUGGGCACGCUGCUUCCACCACGCCGUUUCUAUUGCUUAGAACAGACCCUGGACACUUUCUGUUUCCGCUGGCGGAGUCGCUGUGCAUAGACGCCAACUUUGAACCACCAACGCCUUUGCACAAGCUUUUCGCAAGCGAGUAAGGAGAGAGAGUCCAGGUUCUGUUCGAAGUGACGGUCGUACGAGAUGCCAUCCAGUGUAAUACGAAAGGCUCAGGGGCACCGCAAUGUGCAAUAUAACUUAUUAAGGUCUCUCAGUCGUUGCGCGAGCCUGAGAAAUCUACAUACCAGAAGGGUCCCUGUAUAACCGAACGGUACAAAUGUGCUUUUGUGUUACUUGUAGCUUCCACUCAUGUCUCACGUUUUAUACUUAGCACUCAUCGUCUCGUUUUGUGAUAAGUUAUGUUUAUAUGUUCACGUGUAUUUUUAUAUCUUGCAAAUAAAAAAAUACCAAAUAUUUCUUACAAAAA